AUGCCCAAGCGCAAGGCAGAGUCGAAGCUUUUGUCAUUGGUGAAUGGCGAGGAAGAGGACGAUGAUCUAAGUCGCGUCGACGACGAUGAUAACGCGAGCAUAGAACCUCCACCAGCCAAACGACAGAAAGGCCGACCAAAAGCUACUGCGACAAAGACCGCGACUGCGCCCGCAAAGACGACAAGGAAAACGCGCUCCAAAGUGGUGGUAGGCCCAAAAAAGCGUGGUGCGGCGACAGGGCGAGGGAAGGCAGCCAAAAUAGUGGAUGAGCCACCUGUGGAUAAUGCAGACAGUGCUGGGGAAGAAAAUGAGACUGUGGGGGGAGAAGGAGUAUCCGAGGAUGAACUCGAUUCGCCAGAGACUGUUCAGAAUCAAGAGGGCCAGGGGAAGAGUCGGACACGAGGGAGAGCAAAGGAAGCAGAGACCAUAAAGGACGGGGAAUUCGAGUACACUCCUACAAAUACCAGGUCAAAGGCAACUCUGGGGCAGAAAGGAAGACCAACGGCAAAACAAGUGGCCAAAGAACCAUCUCCGAUAGCAGAGGUAACGCCGGAAAUUGCGAAGAGUGCGUCCAGAACUAGCACUUCCACUGGCAGGACGCAGAAAUUCACACCUUCAGGGAUCCGUUGGGCAUCGCCUGUGAAAACUACAAACACCACCUUACCUCAACGAAGGGCAUCUAGGCCGUCCGGGAUAAAACCGUGGGGCAGCCCUAUUAAGAACCAUGAGACGGGAGAUGGCGAAGUUGCUCUCAGGGUGAAACUGGGCGAGAUGACCAAGAAGUAUGACGCUAUGGAAGGGAAAUACCGUGCCUUGCGGGAAAUUGGUAUAGUUGAGGCAAACUCCAACUUGGAAAAGAUACGGAAACAGCAUGAGGAGACCACAGCAGCAUCCAAGCAGCUUAUUAAUUCCCUAAAGAGUGAACUAUCAAAGCAAUCAAGCGUAUCAAAACAGACCCGAGAUUUACAGAAGCAAGUUGAAUCACGGAACGAGGAAGUGGCUAAGCUGCGACAACAGCUUGAAGAAAUGAAGUCUGGCCUAAACAAGGCCCAAACGGAGGCCAAGUCGCUACAGUCAAAACUUACAGCCGCGAGGAAUGCCGCUGCUAACGCGGAGAAAGCGGCUGCAGCAAGGGGACCUGCCACUCGACCGGGUGCUGUCUCUAGAGACGCUGCCAAUAGUGUCUUAGAGUGUGCUCAGAUAGCUCAGCUCAAGGAAGACUUGUACAGUGACCUUACUGGCUUGAUUAUUCGAGAUGUGAAGAAGCGGGAAUCAGAUCACUUGUAUGACUGUAUACAAACUGGUCUUAACGGAACGCUGCAUUUCAAACUUGGUGUCAGCCACAACAUGGACAACAGGUCGACUGCCAGCCUGGAAGCUGCAGAGUUCCACUAUGUUCCGUUGCUGGACGAGAACAGGGACCGAGAGCUGCUGGAGAUACUGCCUGACUAUCUUUCAGUAGACAUCACAUUCUCCCGGCAGCAUGCAGCUAUGUUUUAUAGCCGUGUAGUAGAUAGACUGACAAAGAAGCAGACAGACUCUUAG